UCAGCAGCACUGUUAUACCAAAACAAGAAACAGCUCGUGAGUGGUGUGAAUGUGAAUGCCUUGGGCGUACCUGGAGAUCUUUUAAUUGGUUCGCAUUGUAGAGUUUAACUUCCUGAGGAUGGACAAAAUAGAAAGCGUGAUACACGACACGCUCAGGGGUCUGGCGAUAAACGACGAUGCAGCCGAUAUCAUAGACUACAGCCUCGCCGAUCAAGUGGAGGAGCUUGCCGCUAAAGGAAUCGAGUCCGCCGUGCUACCUGACUACAAACCAGUUGUCAAGAAGUCGGUGACUUACAUCGUCGCUGCAGUCGCCAUCAACGAAAAAGGCGAGGUCCUUAUGAUGCAGGAAGCGAAAAGUUCUUGCGCAGGCACGUGGUACCUGCCUGCUGGGCGAAUGGAGCCUGGCGAAAAUAUCAUUGAGGCUGCCAAGCGAGAAGUUAUGGAAGAAACUGGCCUAGAUUUUGAGCCUUCUACACUUGUGAUGGUCGAAACAGCGCAAGGCCAGUGGUACAGAUUUGUUUUCAGUGGAACGGUAGUCGGGGGAGAGCUGAAGACGGUGUCGAAGGCGGACGCAGAGUCGCUGCAGGCAGCCUGGGUUGGGGAUGUGGAACAGCUAAGUCUGCGUUGCAGGGACAUCUUGCCCGUUAUUGAACGUGCCCGCCUUUACCACAGUACUCAUGCCAGCCAGCCAUGGCAUCCACCCAUCUUGCCAGCCCUCAGGCCACAUGCCAAGCUCUGCCUGCGCCUGGUCACCAUCAUUCGCAAAAAGGCCAACAACCUCCUCCAUGUGCUUGUGUCUGAGAAGGGCGUUGCACACCUGCCUACCUGUGAGAUCAACCCAUCUCGAAGCAUUCACACUGCACUCAAACGAUUCAUCCAGAACAUGUUCAGCUCAGAACCACCACCUCACAAGCCACUUGGUGUGCUUUCUCUGGAGCAUAAUGGAACUGCAGGAGGAGGAGAACAGGAUGGCAUCUGCCUCUGCGUGCUGGUGUCGUGCAAGGCUUCUGUCGAGGAGGUGGCACUGACCCCGGGAUACACCUGGCUCGAAGUGAGCUCACCACUCUCCGAAAAGCUGCUUGCGCGCACAGGCCGGAACAUGGCAGUACACCUGAAGGUGCAGUGAAGGCUGGCACUUACGGUGGCUGGGAUUACUUAAUGUGAACUGGCACAACUUAUUGUCACUGUCUUUCUGCCUUCUGCCUUCUUUUCGGGGCUUCCAUUUGUUUGAACGCUGAUUGCACAUCUGAAUGUAGAACUGGAGACGCUGCACUGGUGCUGCUGGAGUGUGCUGGAACAUCUUCCUGUAACGGUACCAUCUUGUGACUCUAAAGAGACGAGCGUCUACUUUUGUUUUCUUCCAAAAUGUGAGUGGCAGUUAACUGUUUGUACUGAGGUACCACAACCACUUCACAGUUAAUAGUCACAAGAGCCGGUGCCUUUAUGCUAUAAGUUCUUUAGCAUUUGUCUCAAGAAUAAUGUAGUAGGAAAGCCAGCAGUGUGGUUUUUAUCGAAGUGCCAUGUGCUGGGAAUAAUGAAACUCAUAGCAUUAAUAUUAAUGGUGCAGGUGAAUGGUGGUAAUCACAGAGCACUUUCCCUUCCAUUGUAUGACUAACCUCAUGUAGCCCUGGGCUCAACUAUUGUUCUGUUGCUAUGGCAUGGCGGUCUAGAUCAUGGUGAUUUGUUCACACCACCUGAUAGAUCCAUUGAAGACGCGUCACCUGUUCCCAUACGCAAUUUUGGGCUGGUGUAUUUUGCUGUUGCUUGUUCCUUUGUUAAGUAGCAAAUGUAGUGGCCUGCGUUUCCAGACUACAUAAAAGAACUCACCCACUAAUGUUAUCAUAUUGACGAAAGCUUUCUUUUGAUGCUUCAGAACUUAGUGCGAACUUGUCUGAUGGACGUGUGUCAAUCAUGGCAGUAGCAUGUGUACAUUUAGAAGUGUAUGCAGCAGAUGGGAGGUAUGUUGUGACUUCCUUUGCACUGCAUUACUGACUCUUUCAAAUAGAGAGGCAUUACUCCAACUAACCAUCAUUACCUCACAUAUCCUUGACUCUCUGGGGUUGCAGCUGAUUGUUAAGUGAAGGUACUGCUCUUGUAUGGUGUGAAACACAUUCUUUGCAAUUCAGUUUAUGUUUUGUGAACCACUGUAUGUUAACUUGAAGUGAUCGCAGUGGUUGAAUAAGGGGUGUCACUGGAGCCAAGGCUCUGACAGCUGGACUUGUCCUUAUUAGGACAACUGCUUUCCUUGGUCGCAAUUGUGUGAGGUCGCAAUUGUGUGAUGAUAUUAUCUUUAUUCAUUAUAUGUGCAUAAUUAAUUACAUGGCAAGAAGACGCAUGCUGAGCUCAAGUUCUCGUUACAUUGCUUAUAGGAAGAUGCAGGCUGUAAAGCAGCAUACUUUUCUGAUAGGAGAUCAAACAAAAAAUUGUAAUUUUGGCACUAGCAGAAUCACUUGUGUCACUUACUGGUAUAAACACUCUCCUACCUUUUAUCAGGUUCUUUCUAUGCUUGUGGGAGCAAACUGUACAAGAUUUAUUCAUUCUGCACCGAUAAACUGACACAAGUAGUCGGAAGAAUACAGUCAACUCUCAUUACAAUGGGCCCUGAUAAUCUGACAAAAAACUUUUUUAUCUUAAGUCCGUAAUAUCUGAAAUGCCUCACUCCCGAAAAUUUGGUCGUGAUAUCUAACACUGUUAUUGCAAAAAAUGAGUGACCAACGUCCAAAGUAAAAAACAACAACAGAAAUAGUCGCAGUUUCGCCUGAAAGGUGAAGCAUCGAUUGUCAUAGCAAAUUAGUAGACAGCUAUAUGAAGUAAGUAUAGUAGUUUUAUCUCGCUUGACGACCACAGAAAAUCGCUAUCAAAACAUUGUAAUGAGGAAGCACGGCAGAAGCAGUGAGUGAAUUGACCUAUGUGCUGUGUCUCGCCUCAGCGCGAACUAAACGUCGAGAGCACAGUGUAUACGAAGCUACUGGCACUGGGCGCAUUUUGUCUGCAUUGCCGAUCGCUUUCAAAAUACGGUGGCCGUGCAGCCGUGCUGUAAGCAGCAGCCGCUGGAAUAGAAUGCCCCCUCUCUUUGGCCUCACCUGGUGCCUCGUGUGUGCGAUAGACGGCACAUUUAUGCUCCGCCUUCUUCUCUCUCAUGCGUGAUAUUGAGCCCCGAUUGUCGGCUGACCCUCGCAAGUCAAUUGUCAUCCCGUAUUGACACAGCAAAAGUACAUUUUAUAUGCCCGAUUUAAUAAAAAAAAUGCCAUUAAUUUUGUUUGCUCUAGCCGAUAGUCCGUUGUAGCGCAGCUCGUUGAAAGCGAACUUUGUUGCAUUAAUAAAAUAGGCAGAACAAAUUAAGGUUCAAAUGUGGUCCGUUAUACCCGUCUGUUGUACGCAGGUCCAUUGUAACCAGUGUAGACUGUAUUACAUCAAGCUAAUCUUAUAGCACUGUUUGCUAGAAUUAUGAUUUAAUUUGAUGCACUGAAUAUACAUAAGUGCCAGAUGAACUGCAAAAUUGAGCUUUUAAAAGUCUGGUGGUGAGUUUCUUUCUAAUAGGAAUCUGAAUCAUUGUUCAUGGAUGUGGAUGAGCAUUCAAUAUUUGAAUUGUCUUAAAUUGUAGCACUUCAGGGCAUGCAAGUUAUUGCAUCUUCUGUGCAUUUAAGUGGCACAUUGAGAAUCUCAUUCAUUCAUAUCGUUCUGUAUGAUGCCUAUCAAAGAGAAAGGACCUUAGGCGUAUGCUGUUUCCCCAUUUUAUGCAUUAGGGGAGCACCUUUUUUUAUGUUGUGGCAUGUUGUUGGUGUUUUUAUAUUGAAGUUACCUGUUAAACAAUGAAUUCUGUGGUGGCACGUUUUUCAUUACUGCCUUGGAACUCUUUGGGAAAAGGCAAUGUGGGUCAGCUUGCUUUUCGUAUAUCUCACAGGGCUAGUGAUUCGUGAAGAGAUUUCUUGGGUGAACAGUUAUAAAUUAUGGUCUGCAGAAUUGCAUACGCAAGAAGCGGCCAAUGUGGGCACUGAUAUGACGUUACAAAAUGUUGGGAAUGCCUUGCAAGCUAGUGAAUACUAACUACUCCAUAAGGGUACUUGAAAAACAGUGCUCACAUGCUCCUGCAAAACAUUUUCUUCACUAAACACACAAAAUGAGAGAGGAGUAGCAAUGCAGUGCUAAUUCUUGCUGGGGAAAGUAUAGCCAUGAAAAAUUAGAUGAAGUCUUUUCCAACUUAAUUCGUAAGAGGAAUACCAUUACUAAAUGCAUCAAUGUUGGGUUGUAUACAAAGUCUUAGUGAGGAAGGGGAGCUGAAUGAAGUGAAAUCAUAAUGUAGUAGUAGUGAUGAAACAGCUGCGCAAAUUGCACCGAACUGCGCCGAGGGUGGGGUUUUGUGCCAUCCUGCGCGAAAACUUCAUUUUAGCCGCAAAUUGUGCCGAGCCUGCGCCAAAACGAGCAUAUGAGCAAAACCCUCCUUCCGUCGAUGCUUUGCAGCUAGCAAAACUGAAAUCAAAAUCAACAUGCUAUCAUCAUCAUCGUAGAAGGAAGCAGAGACUGGUCAGAGUGAGCCAGUUUGUCAUUCCCGCAUUUUUCUUUACGGACUUAAAUGUGGUGCCGCUAUGCCGUCUUGCUGGGUGUUUAUCGAAGCCGUGUGAUACCGGGGAGUUUGCCAAAGGAGGCGGUCACAUUCUAGGAUUAAAGGUUAGCUUUUUCAAUGUUUGUUGGUGAUAGCAGGGUUUUAUGAAACAGCCAUUGUGAUCUAUUAAAGCACGUGUUGAAUAGUUUAGAAUGGUAUUAGCGAGCACAUGUCAGCUUCCACAUGUCUGAGUUAAUGAAUAGAUUAUGAUUUAUGAUAACACCAGUUUUAUUGCUCAUAUGGAUGUGGGACUGGUUAUUAAUUUUGGCAUUAUGUAUAAGCAUUCAACUUGAACACAUGGGGACCGUUGAGAAAGAAAAGGAGAACUGUGUGAGUAUUCGUCGCUGGCCUAAGUGCAUUCUACAGUUUAUAUGUAUUCUUGAACUUAUUUUCCAUGACCAGAUAUCACAACCAAUUUUCACAUCAUUUCGCACUUGCGACUUAGCUGUCAGUGUGCCCUGAAGUUCGUGACCUGUCGGAGUAGCCUUUCAAUGGCUAUGGGGUUGCGCUGUUGAGCUCGAGAUUGCGAGGUUGCUUGCAACUGUGGUGGCCGCAUAUUGAUGAGGGAGAGAUGCAAGAAUGUUUUGAAUGCAAAAAUUGCAAAGGUGCAAAAAUGAAAUUUGUUUGCACAACUUUUUUAUGUUGUGCAGUUCUUUAUUUGAUUCAACCAAAUGAGACAAAGCGAGAACCUACGAUAUUGUUUAUUGCCUUUGAUAGCCGCAGAUUUAUGAGGACUGAGGUUGAAUAUGGUACACGGUGAGAGCCGUCACUUCGAUGGUGGCCACCGUUUGUUGAUGCAGAACUAUUGUGUCUUGAGCAAACACAAAACCCUCUUUGCAUCUCGUGCAGGCGCAGUUGCACUGACGCCAGUUUUAUAUUUGAAAACUGCCGUAUGCGUGUGGCAUGACAUGAGUGUAUUGCAUGAUGUCAUGUUCAUCGCACAUGCGCAUACUCGAUUGGUUUUGCCGUGAGCCUUUGCUCACAAGCCGUGACUGUUGCAUUGUGUUGAAUCCUUGUUUCUUAAACUCGCGUUUGUUGACGAUCUGCCUGUGGUGCCUUCUCCACGCUAUAUCGGAGAGUCAACAAACCUGGCCAUAGCGCCCUUUGUGUGUCACGGUGUGAAGGAACAUUGCAUUCUUUCGUGACUGCGCUCACAAGGUGAGCCUCGUGCAAACCCGUCUCCACAGCAUAUCGACUACAUCAAUUAAAAUUUGCGUGUUAUGCGGUAAGCAUAUGUGCGUUCGACCCUGCACCAAAAGUGCUUGCUGCUGCUCCAAAUUGGCUUUUGCCUACGCCAGGAAUUGCACCGAAAGCUGAAAUGGCUGUUCCACCACUGAGUAGAGGACGAGUGGCCCACCUGGCUGAUACUGUUGUUGUUGUUGUUGCUUCAAAACAUGGCUCGUACCCACGAGGGGGUCUGGCUGAUGCAGCGUAUUCUCCGUGAAAAAGUGAUGAUGGUUAUCAUAUUUUUAUGCUUGCAUGUGUGCUCGUGGUUAAUCAAUGUGGCAGCUGCUCUGAAAUCAUCCCUAAGUUUUCUGGAGCACUACAUGUAUUGUCGUCUCACCUAUUCCGGCUAUUCUGUGAUGUUGUAGAAAAGAAAGGUAUAAAAAAAAAGGAGAAAGGAGAGGACAUUCCAGUAUGUGAUAGGGCUGAUUUUAUUGGUACGCUAUUUUUCUAUAUUUUACUACGGAGACAAAGCUUGUGUCUUGGUUUGGUGUUCAUUGUUAAGGGAUGAAACAAUACAGUAAGAAGCAUUUUUUAAAAAAUAAUCCAAUUGUAUAAAACCUUGGGUUGUUUUUCAGUAGAUGUACUUGGUACAUGCCUACGAUCAUUUGGUUCUUUGGUUGUGAUACAGGAAUAGUAAGCUUAUGAAAGCAGUGAUGAAUAAAUUAUCUUCAUAAUAUGAUCAUAAGCAAGGGAUAUUAAGCUGGAAAAUUGGGCGAGCUAGGGAAUGUUCAAGUAAAAGCAUGAAUGAAAGGGUACAUUGUGUGUUUUUUUAUUGUUCAUGUGCCCCUCUUCAUCCCAUCCCUUUUGUGCCUUGGCCAUGAAUGCAUGUCAACUUGUUUUUCUCCCUUUUCUUUUUCUGAUGUGUCUGAAAAAAAAAGUUAAUUUAGAGGCAGUACGGGUAGAAAGAACAAAUGGCCUCAGGUUUUAUUUCGUGACUUAGGAGCUAACAUAAGUUGGAGUGGAUUUAUGCAACUCGGAAUAAUUGACUCUUUCUGUGUUUUGUAUAAAUAGCGUUGUACUAGCCACCUACAUGUAACCAGUGACACAAGUUAUCACUUGUCACCUAUAUUUUGGCUGAGCUUUAAUUUGGAACACCACAUCACGCUAGAGCAGUGUACAAGUUUCAGAAGCAUAACUUAUCACCGUUUAACAAGCAAGACAGAGAAAAAGGCAUCUGAAGAUUAUUUGUGCUGCACUCACCUUUUCACAAUUAAAAGUUAAAUUCACAAUUUCACGAUUAAAGAUUUAAUUAAAAUAUAUUUCACAUAUUUUAUUAAAAGUCCGAAAUUUGUCUUGUAUGAAAAAGACCUUUUCUUACAAAUGGCUUUAUCCAGCAAGAAGUUUCUGAAUACAUCUUGUAGUAAGUAGAUUUAUUGGUAAUCAGAUCCUGUCUUUGCUGCGCCCUUAUGGGGUCUCUACUUUUCCUCAUCCAUACUGAAAUAAAAGCAAUGCCCUGCAUUCACUUGGGACAAUGCCUAUCACACUUAGUCCAUAAUUGUGCCGAGAUUUUCGAUUGACAUGACCUUAAGAUUGUGUGGCAUGACCAUAAUCAAGGAGGCCAUAGUAGCGGUAGCAGUAGUGCGUUGGUAUCAUUGUGUGCCACCAGACAAUGCCACUGCCUUGUAAGAAAGGAGAUUCUCCUUUUUUUUGCUUUUGCUGGAAUAGCCAGUAGCCAUUGCAUUUACUCUUUUGUAAGAGCAAAAACACAACACAAGCAAUUUUUGCAAGGGGACGAAUUGCAGGCUUCAGGCUGCAUGUACAGAGACAAUAUUUGACUCGGACACUUGCUAAUGUGUUCAUCAAGGAACUAUGUUUAUUUGCCAUAUUCAGGAAGUGUUGCACGGUUCCUUUAGAAGCUUUGUUUUCUACUAGUAUUUGCUUUUCAACAUAUUUUGUAAACAGAGCCUUAGGAGUGAUUUAUGCAUAGGUGUUUAUGACAUUACUACACUGAAUAUAUACUAGAGGUGUAUCCCUCAUUUAACAAACUUAAGCCAAGAGCAGGUAAGCAAAUCAUAUUGCUGAUAAUUUGUUCCUUUCCACACCGGUGAUACAUAUACAAUACUCUUAAAAGGCUGCGAUGUUAUCUCAUCUUUUGAAUAUGUCUAAAAAAAUUGCUGUUCAUUACUUUAGAAAAGAGGGAAACAUUUUUGUUCCAUUUUGUGUGUAAUUACACCUGUGUGCUGUUUUGAGUGCAUUUUGGCUUUGUAUAACGCUGCCUGUAUCUUAAAUUUUGUUUUUCUGCAGUGUUAUUAGACCGUAUCUUGCUUUGGCAUUUUCUUUUUGAUAUCAUCAUUUUUUUUCUCCCCAAUUAUGUUGAGCGUUCAUAUCACACUGAUAGUCACAUUCUGAGGUUGGUAUUCCUAGCUGCUUCGCUGUGGUGAUGGUGAUUUUAAAUACCAGGCGUUUAUGUUUAGGUUCUAUAGUGAGUGUUCUUUCUCAUCUUAUGUUGUCAAGCAGUUAAACCAGCAAAUUUUAUUUUUACUUCACUAACAUGAAUUUUUUUGGAGAGGUUCAGGUUCCAUUUUCAUUUUGCUGCUUAGAGUGUUUUGUUUAAACUGUGAUAGCACAUGUGGGCAGUGUUUGUAUUUGAUAUGAGGUCUGCGUGAGUGUUUCCCUUGGCAUAUCUGUUUGCACAAUUUCUACUCACUACUAUGCAUUCAUACAUAUGACGUAUAGUUAAUGUGUUAUGAAGUGGAUUACUGUGUUCUGUGUUGAUUGUUAUUGACGAGCUUUGGGAAAUGACAUGUAUUUAUUAAUAUUGCUGCAAUAUUGACUUAUAUUUAUUGUUUUGACGUGCCUGCUGAUUGAAGUGCAUUGCUUCUUUAACGCUUCUUUGAGCCAGCUCACAGCAAACUCACACGGAUUGGCCGGUGCUUCUUUCAUUGUUUUGUUCUACAGACUGUGGUGUAUUUUGUGCCUACUCAUGCCAGACUGUAGCGUAAUGUGUGCCUUAAAGUGCCUUAAAUGUCUAACAUGCAUAUUGUUCAAUUUUUAUCUGGCACUCUCCUCUUCAUACUCAUGCUGUGUCUAACGUUCCUGCCAAAUAUGCUAUAGAGUCUAACCUCGAUAUAAUGGCCAUCAGUAUAAUGAGUUAUCAGAUAUGAUGAAAUAACACUAAUAUGUUUCUUACCAAUGUCAGGAUGUAAUGAAUAUAUGCCUAUAAACAAAAAUUGAAUAUAAUGAAGGUAUUUCUGUCAGGUGUGAUUUUGUUAUAACGAGAUUUACUGUAUCUGAGUAUGCCAAACUGCACAAGAAAGAUGCAUUCAGUUUGUGUUUUUACAAUUAUUUAAGUGGUGACUUUGUCUGCAGCACAAUUGUCUGUUGGCUAAGGCAAUUUACUAUUUCUUCACAGGCCAGAAAUUCCAACAACAUGUAACUCUCAUGCAUACUUGAAAGGAAAUCAGCGUGAGACUGCUUAGUUACUAUGCCAUGCCAAAAUGUUCUACAAUUAAUUAUUGAAACAUGCUGAAUACUCAUCCACACGUCAGUGUGUUGCAAGAGCUUGAUAACCUCGUGUUCAUUAUAUAUAGGCAUGUCCAAUCAUCUUGCCUUCAUAUGUUUGUUUCUAUGUUAUUGUGGUGAAAUGGAUAGCACUAUAUACACCUUGCUAUUUUACUCUUGUUUUGUGAUGGGGACCAUGUGGCUAUCCUAAUAAAUCUGUUAUUUAUGGUCAA